CUCCUUCCUCCCUACUCUCUCCAACUUCUCCUUUCUUUACUCUUCUUCUUCAACCUCGAUAUCGUAUAAUAAUAGCUUCACCGUCACACUCCAAGGUAUCUUUUUCUUUUUCAUAAAACGCCAAAUGAAACAAUUCAUCCGUCGUCUCUCCCGCGUUGCCGAUACUUCCUCCCAGUACAGACUCCUCCGUUCCGACACCUCCACGCCCACGCGUCGAACCGAAUCAUUCCAUGUCGCCGUCUCCUCCUCGAAGAAGCCUGGACGCCUAUCCGUUCCCGAAGGUCACGUGCCGGUUUACGUGGGAGAAGAGAUGGAGCGGUUCGCCGUGAGCGCGGAGUUGCUGAACCAUCCGGUUUUCGUAGGAUUGCUAAACAAGUCGGCUCAGGAGUAUGGAUAUGAGCAGAAAGGGGUGCUUCAUAUUCCCUGUCACGUGCUGGUUUUCGAACGGGUCAUGGAAGCGUUGAGACUUGGGGUCGAGUCACAUGACCUUGAGGAUCUCCUCCGGUCUUUCCCGGGCGACUUUUUUUUCGACUUCUAGGAGGAGGAAAACGGUAACACGCUGUCGUUUUUAGUCCUGCAAAUAUAGAAGCUUAAAGGAAAAAGGAAAGAAAUAGGGUUUCCCCCCUUUCUGUUUUGGCUAGUCCUUUGAUGUAAGCUGUAAAGAGUGGACAGAAAUGGAGGAAUUGUUGUUCUAAUUUUAGUGAUGUUUAUACAAGUUACUCGAUUGUAUUUUGA